AUGGCUAGGUGGUCUGGAGGUACACUAAAUUAUGAAAAGUUUGUAAGACUAGGAACAAAAAGAGCGAAAGUUUUUGAGGAAGAUGUACUACGAGUUUACAGACAAACUGAUAAAAGUAUAAAGGUUUUUGAAACUAUAGUUCAUGUCAUCUGUUUACCAGUAGCAGAAAUAAUGCUACUGUUAGAGAGUAGUAUGGAAGUUGCUCACAAAAUAUACAUGGACAAUACGAAACUUCAAGGCAGGAGUGAUGCAAAAGCAGGAAUAAAUAGUAAAGCAACUAAAUCACACCAUCGCCCAAAUAAAGCAAGAAAAGGAGGUGGACAAGAACAAGAAAGAGAGCACGCCAAAAAAUUUAAGAAAAGGCAAGCGAUCUUCAAAAAAGGAAAAAUUGAAGCUGAUCUUGGAGAUACCAGUUUUAGUGGAAGAUCUCAGAAACAAGGAGAAAGAAAAAUCACGUGA